AUGGGCAAGGCGACGGCCACCACCGUGCUCGCGCUCGCGCUGUGCGGCGCCGUCCUGCUGCUGCUGGCCGCGCGGCCGCUGGACGCGGCGUCGUGCAACCCGACCGCGCUGAGCCCGUGCGGCGGCGCGCUGUUCGGCGGCGCGGUGACGCCGGGGUGCUGCAUGCGGCUCAAGGCGCAGCAGCCGUGCCUCUGCCAGUACGCGCGCAACCCCGCCUACAGCAGCUACGUCAACGGCCCCGCCGCGCAGAGCGUCGCCAAGGCGUGCGGCAUCCCAAAGAUGAAGUGCUGA